AUGCCUACUAGUCGGGAGCCUAAGAAUGGAGGCAUUACCUUCGAGCGCAGUCAAACAUUGGCCACGUCAAGAGACAAGUCAUUCCUCAUGCCACGAGGGAUGUCAUUUGAGCUGCCGCUGAGCCGGGAAAUGCCGGAGACCGUCACUGGUGUCGGUCACAAGUAUCAUUCAUACGAGGUCCAGAGCAUCAUGGUACAUCGAAACUCUCACCUAGACGUCGUUAGUGCACAUCCCAUUCGGCUUCAUCGCCUUCCUCGCUCAAUACAAGGCGAUUUGCUCGAUCAAGUCAGUGCUCCCCCAAAUCCCUUUCGGAGCGAGCUUUCCGUCCGGGUUGAGUUUCAUGCACUGCGAACGGAUUUCUCCCCGGGCAAAAUAACCCUCCAAGUCUUGGAGACACACCUACUGAAGAUUACCCCAAUGGCGUCCGAAUCCAUCACACACAACAGCGUCCUGUCCACGAUCACACGAAAAGGGCAUGCGAUCGUGCGCGAAACGUAUGAGAAUUCGAAAAAUACCACUACGCAGUCAUUCGAUCUUCUGGACUCCGAAUGGACGACCACAGCACUCGUUCAUCUGCCGCAGUCUUUCCAGGCCUGCACACAGAACCUGCAGUCGGAAGUAAUCCAGGUGCAUCAUAAGCUGAAGUUUGCAGUUGAGUUCGCGGCCGAGCGUGCUCAGAGAAAAAAGACCGUCGGCGGCAUCCCUUUCCAAAUCUAUAUGUCUCCCUAUACAGUGAUGGAACAUGACCUCGUUUACCGACAGACUACCUCCAAGAGCUGGAGAUUGGUUUUGAGGAGCCGGCACCCCCUUACCUAG